AUGCUAAUCUACCUUCAUUGUUCAUGGGUAUAUUGUCCUAGCAACCCCUAUUGUACUGGAUCAUUUGGAUCCCAGUUAGGGUUUUGUUUCAUUGCAGGUGCAAUGGCUUUUUUCCUUGUGGGGAUGACAAUUGAUCAGUAUGUGGCCAUCUAUGUGCCACUGUGCUACUUGUCUAUCAUGAACUGGAAUAUGUGCACAGGAUUGGUGGCAACUGCAUGGUUCAGUGGAUUUCUUCAUUCUAUUGUACAGAUUUAUUUUCUUCUCCAGCUACUAUUUUGUGGUCCAAAUGUACUGGACAAUUUCUACUGUAAUGUCCCUCAAGUCAUCAAACUGGCCUGCACUGAUACUCUCAUGGCUGAACUACAGAUAGUGUUUAAUAGUAGAGUGAUUAUUAUUACUCUUUUUGUAAUUUCUUACACUGAGAUCUUGCUUAAGAUAAGGACAUGCACCACAGAAGGGAAAUGGAAAGCCCUGUGUACCUGUGGAACCCAGAAAACUGUUGUGAGCUUAAUAUUCAUCCCCUGCAUCUUCAUCUAUGCCCAACCUUAUAAGAAAUUCCCUAGGGACAUGGUGGCCUCCCUUGUUUAUACUGUGGUCACUCCAAUGGUAAAUCCAAUGACUCACACAUUGAAAAACACUGAGAUGAAAAAGGCCAUGAGGAGAAAUAUUCCACUGGGAAAAAUAUUUCUCUCCGGAGGAAUACAGAAACCAGACCAGACAGCAGAUCCAAAGACAUCAGGUCUGGUGCUUCCAUGAGAAAACUGUAUUCAUCUCUCCUUCAGUAAGUGAGCAACUUUCUAGGUGUGAGGUGAAGGCAACAUUCACCUCCCAUCAGCUUAGGAAGGUCAGUCACAUGUUUUCUUGUCCUCCAUGGAAUGUGCAGUAUGGUGUGAUUUCUAGAGCCUAAUAAGUUUUCUGCGAUAAAUGACCUGCAAAGAUGUCACCAUGGCACACCCGGGGUACCGACCAUGUGAGGGGCCCUAACCUCGCCCUUGUUCUCUCUGGUGGAAAUCACAGCUGGGCAUUCCACUCCAGCAUGUCUCACUUCUCUUCAGCAAAAUAGUGUAGUUUCAUCUCUAGGUUAGCAUACCAGAAAACUAGCUUGGUAAACUUGAUUUUUAUAUCUGCUUGUCACAUAGUUACAAAGGGUCUUUAUAGUAGAGUCAGAUAUAGGUUCAUUGUACUCCUUUUCCCUCUCUUAUCCUCACUUUGGAUGGACUGUGUAGAUUUUAGGAUCAGUCCUGGAAGGAAGCGUCCUGGUCCCACAUUAGACAACAUGGAGCUGGUUGAGGGAUAAGAUUGUCCCAGGGCUCGCUCAAGGGUGCUUCAGGGGUGGAGGUUCUGCCCCCACACCGUUCCCCUCUUCUUUGCUCUGCCCCAUCCUCCAGUUUCAUCUCAGCAAUCCUCACAUGAUCAUGGUCUCCUACAAAUCCAGAGUCUUCUACACAGAACAGGCAUUCUGAACAUAAUGCUAAAGAAGGACAAAUGUGACAAGUGAGGAGGCAGACCUCCCAUGGUGUUUCUGAAUCACUAAGAAAUUAAAAUUUAUUUGUAGAUCCUGAUAGAAGAUCUAAAAUUUUCUUUUGAGGAAAUGUCAGGCCCAAAACUGGGCCACCUGGAACCAGGAAGAGACCUGGGGGAGCAGGAUGGAUGUAGAGAAGAGAAAAUUCU